AUGUCCAUGUUCACACCAACCCGCAACGACUUGCUUUACAUUCUGAAUCACGUCUUUUUGCCACCAAAGCUGCCGCAGAAGGAUGAAGGUGACGAUGCGAGAUGCGUUCACGAUAUCGCGCUCGCGUCUCUGGCGCAUGAAGCCGCCGUAGAUUUUUUGACAAUUGUCCCCGCAGAGCACAGGAACCGAUGGUCUACGAUCAUCAAAAUGCUCCGACGCCUCAAGCACUACACCGAGGCACUCAACCAAGAUGAUAUCGUAGCCGACAUGACGAACGUUUUGACCAUCCAUGUCCGCGCUCAGAAUGCGGGGUUAAUCAUCCGCAAACUGAAGGAUAUAGUUCGCUUCGAAGUCUUUGAGGUAUCUCCACCUCCGGAAGCCGUCAUGAAGGCUACGGGAAAGCUUAUCUGUUCCUACCCGGGCCCCGCUGUCGAUAUCCCCCUCGACGUCGCCACCGAGCCGUCGUUCCUCCAAAAUCUUGCUUCCUUCCUCGUACAAAUGGACGUCGACCAGUUAGAUGCGCUUCCCACCACGAAGAAAGCGGGUUCAGUCGUUCCCGAAGAGCGCAGCACGGCGCAUCCGCGCUACAUUUCCGAGCUCCUCAUGGGCAUCCUGCUCGCACUAGGGCACGAGGCUGAUAUAUCCCGCAUCACGAAGCGAAUCGCUGACGAUGUCUUGUGGAAGAGCGCGUUUAAGCCGUGGCGCAGGUCACCCCUAUGGCUUGUCAUUCGUGUUGUCCUACAAACGUCGCUGCCAACCAUCGACAUAUACAAACAGUUCUUGCUUUCCUUCCAGACGAAACUCUUGUGGCUUUUUUAUGAACACAAUCUCCCUAGCGAUGUCAUGUUUUGCGCUAGAGCUAAAACCGCUCGCCGUGCAUAUAAACUCGGAUCUCUGGCUCCGGGACCUCUCCUUCAGGAGGUUCAAGACGUUGCAGACGCUCUGGAAGAGCUUAUGCAAAGGCGGUGGAAUGCGGCGAAGUCCGAGCAUGCUACGUUACCAUCGUUCCCUUCAUCUUCAUUGAACUUCCUCGAAGACACCAACAUGACUCUCCCCAACUCACGUGCAUAUCUCACAAAGGUCCUUUCUCGAAAUGCUCCCCCGGUUCCUAGUCCGGCACCAUUCCAACCGUCAGAGUUUCCACGUCUGAAGGAUACAUUUUCUACCCAGUCAUUCUCUGCGGACGCUUUGCGCAGGGCCCUCGAGAACGAUCGCACCCUAGCGCUCGCCGACUUCGAGGAUAUCGUUCAAAACUCUCUCGAACAAUGGGUCUCGUCUCACCUUUCCCAUCCUAUUCCUGCCUGUAGAACACUUGGUUCCUGCUUCAAGCAGUAUAUCUUUCAUGCAAGAAGUGCUUACGACUCAAAUCCGGAGGAUCAGUCCAUCAUGAUUCUCACAAUUCUAGACUUGUGGGUCGCCCUUGACAAGCUUGCUAUCGCCGACAUACCGUUACUGGCCGAGUAUUCCCCAGAAAUACCGGAAGAUAUCACACAUCCUUUGAUCCUGCACGAGCCCCUUCCUAUUCAUCGUGCUGCCGUUAUUGAGCGUUAUCUGCGUUCUCGCCAUGAGCGUGCCACGGAGCCGUCACACAUAUUCUCUGAAGAGACGACAUCAAAGACUUUCUCCGUGCGAUUUUUUGACAAGUCUCCAUUGUUGCAAAAUGCCAAGUCUGUCAUUGAGGCAGAGGCUACCCGUGUCCGGGAAGAGAAGAAAUGCGAGUUACGAGAGCAGAAUACUCAGGUAGAACAAGAUUUGGCGCGUGCGGCCUCGAUGCAGCAUGAACAUUCGUCGGGUCCGGGUCCGAAGAAGAAACGCAAGGCCCGGUGCACGAAAUGCAUACUCGAAAAGACAGUGAGACACCUAACCGUUCAUGAAUGGCCCUUGCCCAGUCAUGCUUUCGAAGCGAAGGCUGUGAUUUUCGAACUCAACUGUCCGGCAGUCUAUGUUAUCUGGCGGGACUGGACGUAUACCAUAAUACGAGAUUUCUGCCUUGCCCAACAAAAACAGGUGGACGCAAAGCAGUUCCUUACGAUCGGACAGUAUGAACCUCUACAAGCAUAUUCCUCCGUCAGGAAUGUGUACCGGGUAACUUUAGCCUCCGAAACAAAGUCUUUUCUACAGGCACAUUACAAGGAUAUCAAACUUCCUGCAAAGGAAUCAUCAGUCUGUGUUGCUAAUGGCCUGCAUUUGCGUCUAUAUGAUCGCACGAACAACGAAUGGGUCUCAAGUCCUCCAAAAUCCUUCGAUCUUUCGGGAUUUUGCACUCUGUCUCUUCCGAAGAAAGGUCCUUACAGCACUCUUCAGUAUGCAGUCACACACACUGCUCAUACCUCCAAUGAAGUUGUCUCCAGUCAGGCCAAAUGUCCCAAUGACCUUAACAUUCACGAGUACAUGGCUUUCCUUGCCUUGCGAAGUGGACCUUUACUACAGUGGUUGAACAUUGUUCGGGAGAUGCGUGCAAGGACACUAUCGUUUCAUCGCUCAGAGGUCCAUAUUCUUCUCAUGCAGGCGGCCUGGCAGCUAGGACCACUCGCCGGUGAAACACUUGUCAGGACUUGGCAUGAGGAGUUGUACGUUUCGGCGUUCGGUCUGCUUCUUGUCGAAGAGGCCUCACGCAUCAUAGAGCAUGCGAGGGUCGGUUGGUCAGAGGUAAUGACUAUUAGAACGGCUGUAUUACUUGUAUCUCGACUUUUGGGAGCUUCACCAGAUGAUAUUGUGUGCGAAGCAGCUUAUGCUGCCCUUCGAACAGCACGGACAGUGACAUUGCGCUGGGUACGGCAACUUGGUGAUCGUAUACACAUGGCCGUCUCCGACAAGGAACGACACGAUUUCCGACUUCAACUUUGCGAAGUAGCGGCGACCUGCAGAGCGACGUUCGAUGUGGACCCUCUGGAACACCUUCCUCAUCUUCUGUGUCUCGCUGAAGAUGCUGCUGCGGUCAUUGAAUGUUCAAUAGCUCUCAAUAUACAUACUCCCUCCGAUGCAAACCAGAUGACUCCAGCCCUUCACGGAUUCUUAUCCUACGACCGCCGUCUCUCUCAUCGACUUGAGCCAUUUCUCUCGCAUCUAUUACUUUCCAUUGAUCACGGUUUGGAUAUCGCCCUCGGUUCCAUAUGGCCCAGCUACAGCCCCGGAAUUGGACAUUGGCAGCGAUCACCAGCACCCAACUGUCGCUGGUUUUCGCGUAGUUUAUUUGCUAGAUAUUCUUCAUCAUGGAUUUCACCGACUUUGCACUACAACAUAUUAACGGGGCUAUUUCUCCUGGACGGUGUUCCAAUCGAUAGACUCCCCCAUAAUAUCGCAAGGCAUCCUACCUACACUCGUAUUUUUGGACAGAACGUUCUCGACGUCGUCCCAUCAGACAUGAUUGACAUGCAGUUCGCUACUCGCUAUCUGGUUCAUGACUAUCAGAUACAUUUCCAUUUCGACCAAGCAUCGCGUGCACUUGAAAUCCGCGCGAAGUCCCUCAAGGGGAACGUCUACCUCAUAAUCCCUCAUGAUCGCUUCCUCGGCGAUUUCCCGCAGCUUUUUGUCUCAGAAUAUGUCCAUUUCCUUGACCUGUCCACUGGUCGCAUUGAAUUUCGCCCAUUGGACAAUUUCUGGGACGCUGCGUCGAUUUCCUGGAGUCUCUCUUUCUCUAUGACCGGGAGAUCAGCUAUGACGUCCAACUUGGUACCAUCGUCAUGUCUUCUGGAUCCACAUUCCAAAGCAUUUAAGAGGUUAUCGGGCAUCUUCGGGCGUCUCGAAUACUCCGAGUAUCUGCACAUCACAUAUCGACAUGAGAGCGCAGUUGCCGUACCCGCCCUUAUAGUGGAGCUCCCUCGCUUCCGCCUCUCAUUUUUUUUCAAUGAUGAGGGUGACUUCGAGUCGCUCAAUCUACCGGGAAUGGUCAUUGACCAAAACCAAUUCUCUGGAACUAUGAUUGGUCUUCAGAGUCAGCUUGUCCUUCGCCAACGACGUGGCUCAAUUGUUGACCUACCUCGCUCUCGGCACGUCAUCAUCCCCCACGGACAAAUCAAAGCCAGCAUCUCUGCCGACAACGACCGCGUCACGGUAAACAUCGAUACCCGCACCAAUUUCGAGAGACGACUUCGGUGGCACGAUUAUGGCAUUGAUGAAGACCUAGGAUGUCUCGUGGGCAGCGUCAAACUAACCAGUCGUCUCUACAGGAUCUAUCUCCACGCUGUCUGCUCCCAACCUCUUCCCGACCCAUUGACAGGUCAGACGGGCACCGAAUGCGCUCUUCGAGACUUACGAUCGGCCGCCUGUUUCUCGUUCCAACAACUGGAGCCAUUGGAUAUCGAACUCCUUCGAGCCAUUCAAUCUCUCACGCCGAGAAGGGCUUUCUAUCCAGCUGGGAAGCGGGGUAUGCAGACCGUGACCUGGAAUCUAGACAUACCAUUUCUCUGUCAACACUCCGCUUUCGAACUCGCUGUGCGCGAUAUUCUGGAGUAUGCCUGGUCCCUCGACGUAUUACUCCCCAGCUCCAGCAGGUGCCCUGACCUCACCGACUCUACAAUUGACGAGGAUUUUGAUUUUCUACGAGAGCGUGCUGCGAUGCGAGAGGCCCUUGAGAGAGCGGUGGUACCCAGUACUUGUCACACCACGUAUAUCUCUCGGGCUUCCCCAACUUCGUCAGCAGAUCUUUUUGGCGUCGUCACUGCGGCAAGCAAGGUUGCGGCUCAAUCAGGCGGGCUAUACCGUGACGCUGACUACACGAUGGUUCAUCCCCUUUUUUAUAAGUGGAAGAUUGUCAAUGGUCCUGCUUCCGAGGUCUCUUUCUCAUACAACAGGACCUGGAUGCAUUCUGAUCUUUCUAAGCAAUGGAUUCCACUCUAUAACCAGCUACGCUCUCAAGCAGACACGAGUAGUGCGAGGUACAAACUUUUGUUCUCAUUGCCGUCCAUGGCAUACGCAUCAUCCGACCUCCGUCCGUUCGUCGCUGUUUUCCUCGCUUUUGUGUUUGUUCCCAGAUUCCGCACCCUUCAUCCACCAUCACACGAACGUUACGACCUCAGCACUGGCAUCGAACCGAAGCGUGAUCAGAUACGCUCUCUGAUACUCUCUGCAUCGAAGAGUUUCGAUAAUAGCCCUGCGAAAUCAUUUGGCUCUGAAGUGGGCUGUACAAAGAAGUACCUGCAACAUAUGCGCCUGAUGCAUUACGAACAGCAACGCCUUAUCCAUGCAGAAGCAUCCAUAGACAGAGCACUCACUCAGUGGCCGUCCAGCGACCCUCAUUCCUUCUUUGUUCCCGAUGCGAAUAACUGGUUCGAUAUCACGAAGGCAACAUCACUUAUUCGCAACCUCUUCAAAAGUGUUUCACAGAAUAGAGAGCUCCACGCACAUUUCUCCGCGAUUCAGGAGGUCCUCCUCUCUCAUUUUGCUCGAAUCAAGGUUGACUUACCCCCGAGCUUCACUUUCUCGCGACACCCUGUCCACGUUCCAUACGAUCAUCUCAUCCCAAUCCUUACUCGGGAUAACUUAUUCCGCCGAGAUAUUCCAACUGCGCCGACAAAAUCGUCUUUAUCAGACAGAUUAGGUCGCGAACUGCAUGGAUUUACUAGGACCGGAGAAUACGAGACCGUGGACUGUAAUUUACUAGGACGCCUUGCCACGGAGUUCCAAAACGACGACACGCAGCGAAUAUACAGGUUAUACGGCGAGCGCCUCGACUUGAGUACACGAGCCCUUCAGGAUGUGAGACUCUCCCGCGGCCGCACGACACUUCCUCAUAUCGCGAUUCUUCUAGAUAUUUGUGAUCAGUGUAAGGCAGAAGUCGAACAGGUCUUCUCCAGGAUCAGAAACCUGGCAUCUCCUUUCACGUUACCAGAACGUAUCCUCUGUACUGCAGGACUCUGGCCACGACUCCACCCAGGGCUUCUCUUGCGCUGCAUGGCAUCGACAUCCAAUCAUCAUUUAAGCACCGCUUGGAAGAGUCACCUCACCCUUCUUGCGGAAGUGAUGGUGGACUAUCAAUCCUCACGAAGAUUGCUCACCUUUGCUCGACAACACGACGUCGAAGGGUUCUUCUCGGAGUUGGACAACUACUCUGUUCCCCAGAUGGGUGUCGAACAAUAUUCUGAUUGGCUAUUGGUACAGCUCGACGGUAACUUUCUAGCUCGACCGCUCCAGCUUCAAGUCGCCCAUGAGAUGAUCUCGCCUUCUUCGAAAGCAAGUACCACUCUUCAAUUCAACAUGGGCGAGGGAAAAUCGUCCGUGAUAGUCCCUCUCGUAGCAGCCGCCCUGGCCGACUCAUUCAACCUUGCCCGUAUUAUCGUCCUGAAGUCUUUGGCAAGACAAAUGUUCCAGACCUUGGUCGGUCGCAUUUCUGGCCUGGCCAACCGUCGUAUCUUCUUCCUGCCAUUCUCGAGGCAGACUCCAAUGACAGAUGUUAAUGCACGUCUUAUUUGUGAUCUCCUUCACGAAUGUUCACGUGUCAGGGGAGUACUCGUCGCGCAACCGGAGCACAUACUAUCUUUCAAGCUCAUGCGUAUGGACCUUGCGCUCAGUUCAACGCCUAAAACAGCAGCUGUUACCGCGACAUUGCAGGAGAUAAAUGGAUGGCUUUCUAACCACGCUCGAGAUGUUAUCGACGAGAGUGACGAGGUGCUCCACGUUAGAUACCAACUCAUCUACACAUCUGGUGACCAGAGGGCUUUGGACGACAAGCCAGAUCGUUGGACUACCACACAGCAAGUAUUCGACCGCAUUCGGAGACACACCCUGAUCACUGGUGCUCAACAUGGCCAUAUCGAUCAGCUGGAAACCUAUCCCGGAGCCUUUCCUACGAUACGCAUAACGGACAAGGAAGGGUUUGCGGCUUGUGCUGCUCAGAUCGCACUUGACGCACUCGACGGACGUCUGGACAAUCUUGCCCUUCCAAAGUUCAAUCUCAAUACGGCCAUUCGAGGAGCGGCUCUUCGCUUUCUCACAGAAAGAGAUGUAUCAAAGUCGGAUUGCGCACUUGUCCAGUCACUUUGCGGAAACACUUCGUCGUGGAAAGGCUGUCUACUUCUGCGAGGGCUACUAGCGCACGGGAUCUUGACGCAUAUUAUGCAGCUGCGAUGGCGAGUCGACUAUGGUCACGAUUUCAGUCGUUCACUGAUGGCAGUGCCAUAUCGCGCGAAGGACGUUCCGAGCUUGAGAGCCGAAUUCGGCCAUCCAGAUGUUGCUGUUGGCCUUACUUGCCUCGCCUAUUAUUACAGUGGCCUGACGCAGGAGCAACUGAGAGAAUGUUUUGAAGAACUGCUGACGCUAGAUAACCCAGUCGCGGAGUACGAGAAUUGGGUGCGCAGAGGGGGAUACGCAAAAAUCCCGGUCAUAUAUCGCAAUUACAAGGCUGUCAACCUUCGAGAUAUCCAGAGAUUCAUAGAUCAAGUCGUUCCCCUCUUUCGAAGGAACCAAGCCACGAUCGAUUUCUUCCUCAGCAAUGUCGUGUUUCCCAAGCAGGCGAAGGAAUAUUCGCACAAACUCGGCGUCUCCGCGUGGGAUCUAGUAGAGGACAAGGCCAACGUUAUCACUGGUUUCAGUGGCACCAGCGACAGUAGUUUUCUCUUGCCGACAUCGAUCAGCCAGAGAGAUCCAGUGAAUCAAGUCCGAACAGAUGCCCUGGUCCUCACUUAUCUCUUGCAGAGCGAGAAUGAACACUACGUCUGCCAGCUCGUUCGGCGUUGGUUAUCUUUGCGUCCCGAGGUUGACGCCGGGGUGUUCUUCGACGACACUGACCAACUGGUCGUUCUAACGCGGGACGACACAAUCGAGCCCUUGUUCUCAUCCUCGUACUCACAACAGCUCAGCAAGUGCGUGGUAUACCUCGACGAUGCACAUACGAGGGGCACCGAUCUCAAAUUACCAUUGAGUUUCCGUGCCGCGGUGAUGUUAGGCCCCAAGAUUACGAAGGACCGGCUUGUUCAAGGAUGCAUGCGUAUGCGGAAGCUCGGGUACGGCCAAUCCGUCAUGUUUUUUGCACCACCAGAAGUCGACACGCGUAUUCGAGAGGUCGGGGCGCUCGAAACAACCGACUCAAUCAAGGUUCUCGACAUCAUACGCUGGACCAUGCACGAGACGUGUGCGGAUAUUCUUCACCAUAUCCCCCAUUGGGCCCAACAGGGAAGUGACCAUGAUGUACGCAGCCGGGCAGAAAGGACUACCUCGAUAGCCCAAGGGAAGCACGAUAUCCUACGGUCUGCAUGGCUUCAGCCAGAGGCGCGCACCCUGGAACAGUUGUAUGGUCAUGACUUCACCCCAAGCUCGAUAUCAGAUCCCCUGACAAUACCCAGCAUUCGUCAGAGGCUAGAGCUGCUCUCUGUCGGGGCAAGCACGCAGUUCCAUAUGGAUGAGGAGCAGGAGCGUGAAAUGGAGGUCAUGCACGAGACGGAGAAAGAACGUGCCGUAGAAAGGGCGGCGUUGGUCACCCCCGCCACGCAUACGUUGGACGAAGAUGUCGUGCGACUCGUCAAAACAGGCCAUAUUUCACGGACAUCCCAUACCUUUCACCCUCUUAUGUCUGCGCUCCGCUCCUCAUCAGCAUCCCUUCAGCCGUCGUACCCGUGGUCACCCCUACUAUUGGCCACUCGCGACUUCAUGACCACCACACGGAAAUCGGGACUGACGCCACCCAUUCUCUCCGACUACGAACGGCCGAUGAAUUGGAUCCUGUCCUUCCGGCGUAAGAAGAUUUCGGACACAAGUAUUGUCGCGAUCAGCCCCUUUGAAGCCAACGCCCUGCUUCCGGAGAUUAGAAAGAGCAAGAGAGUUCGCCUGCAUCUCUUCGAGCCUCGCGUCACCGAAGCUAUGAAACCAGCCGAUGACCUCACGUUCUACUGCAUCCCUGGAACCAUGAAACUGACGACCGAAUGGAAACAGCCAUCAUUGACUGUACGAUGCCAGCUCAAUCUCUGGUCAGGGCAGCUGUACCUCGAUAGUUUCGAGACGUAUAUGCGACUCUGCUCGCUCUUGGGCCUCCAACACGGACAACCUACAGGGUCUGGAUUUCUGCCUGUGCCGAUGGACAACGACAGGUUUGUGCACAAGGAGGAUCGUGUUGGGGAGAUGCGUGAUCUGUGCCUCUUCGAGGAGAGUCCGGUACCGUUGUUGAAGGAGCUGUUCGCGAUGCGGCGGAAAGGCAUGAGUUUUCUCCCUACACAGAUGGGACGGAUUUUGCAUGGUCGUAUAUUGACAGAGGAGGAUUUCAAAGACCUGUGA